CUUUGCUUAAAACCAAAAUGGUUGCUCUCAUUUCAUCACAUAUUUCAAUCCCAACAUGAAAAAAUUGGACUUUUUCUGCAAAUCCAGAGCUUCCACGGCGGUUCGUUCAAGUUUCGGUCGUCGUCCGGUUGACGGAGAUGCAAAUUCCGGCGACCGGAGGAAAUGGCAGCUUCCUUUUGAGAAUCACAGAAAGAGUACGAGCUGUUCUUCUGUGAAUCGGAAGGAUCAUUAUGAUUUACGAAGAAAAAGCUGCGCAGAUGUGGAUGAUUUGAAGAGCUCUGUUUCUGGGUCCUCUGCUCGUUAUCUCUUGAGUGAUUCAUCGUUCAUUGACUGGUUACCGGCGGUCUCCGGCGAGGAUUUUCCGGCGAAACCGCCGAACGAGAGGAACAUGAUAAGCCAUAGUUCGCUGACUCGAUCGUUGACAGUCCAUGAAUAUCGUGGCCAAAAAUCCCCUUCCUCUGUUCUUCAAUCCCCUGUUUUGAAAACAGCUUCUUCGGCUGUUCAUGAUCAGGUUGUGGUUCUUAAGGUCUCAUUGAACUGCAAAGGCUGCGAAAAAAAGGUGAAAAAACACAUCUCCAAGAUGGAAGGAGUUAGCUCAUAUAGUGUCGAUUUCACAGCAAAAAAAGUGACCAUAAUUGGAGCAGUGAGCCCUUUUGAUGUCUUAGCCAGUGUGUCAAAGGUUAAGUAUGCUCAGUUCUGGACAUCGCCGAGUUCUUCUUCGUGUUCGUCGUCUUCUUCAUCUUCAACUCCGCAAUCCUGUUCGUCAUCGACAUUUUGAUCAAUGGAGCUAUUUGCUGCAAAAAUCCCAUCUGGGUUUUGCUUGUAUUAUGCAGAAAAGUUGCAGAAUUGAUGCUUUUCUUUCUUCUUUUUCUGUUUUGGGUGUAAAUUUUGCUGUUUUUGUGAUGAAGUUGCAGUAGUAAUUCUGUGUUUCCCUGUGGUUUAGUUUGGGGAAUAAAGAAAAAUGUUUUUUCACUGUUUUCGGGGUUAAAUCCUUCCAAAUUUGACGUU